AUGAACUAUGUUAUAGUUGUCCUCUUUGUGCGUUACAAGUUCUCAUAUCGUGUGUUUAUGGCGGUCACGUGGCUGUUGCAGCUGACAAUGCUAUUCACCGUUAGCCUUUACGGCGAAGAACUGACGUCGGACUUAGCACCCAUAUUGAAGUCAAUGUGGCAGAGCAAGUUCCGCUGGACUGUUGUUUUUAACAUGUAUACUCUCCGCAUGAUUGCGUUCAACAUGGACACGUAUGAGGCAUUUAAUGACGGUCCAGCCCAGCAGGAGCGGGCGGCACGUAAGCACGACACGAAUUGCGUGGAGUGUGCACAGAUGCGAGACGCCAACCACGGUGAGGGCACUUCCGUCACACGGUGCUACCGGUUCCGUACAGAGAGCUCUUGCCACCCACGUGAAUACAAUGUGUUGAGCUACAUUGCAUACAUAUUGUAUGUUCCGCUCUAUGUGGCGGGACCCAUGUCGUCCUUUAACGCCUUUGUGUCGUAUUGCCACCACGCCACUGUUGCUAUGUCGCGUCGGCACAUGUUAUUCUACGCCCUGCGUGCUCUUAACCUGUACGUAGCGCUAGUCUUUAUGCUGCAUUUUGUUUUUGUAAAUGCCUUUCGUUUGUAUCCAGAAGUGUUUUUUCAGCUGAGCAUUGGCGAGCAGGCGUUUCUUUUAUACUACUCCUUGGCUUUUUUGUGGCUGAAAUUCAGUCUCAUUUGGAAGCUUAACCGUCUGACUGCUCUCUUGGACGGUUUUGACGUACCCGAGGACAUGCGUCGGUGCUUUUCUAACACUGUGAGCAUCCGAGACUUUUGGCGAGAUUGGCAUGCCUCUUUUAAUUUGUGGAUUGUGCGCUACAUGUAUAUACCAAUGGGCGGAAACAAGAGGAAGCACCUCAACAUCUUCCCCAUCUUCUUCUUCAUCGCCAUUUGGCACGACAUUGAGCUUUGGAUGAUACACUGGGCAUGUAUUAUUUGUGUCUGCUUUCUUGUGGAACUUUUUUUUUCCAGUACGUUUUUAAAAAUAACUUUUACACUGAUGUUUUUUAUUAAACGGACUUUAUAUUGCCCUUGGAGCUGCGUAGUUUUUGGGUCACAUACAGGUAUGCAAGAUUGUUGUUUGCUAGUAUUAUGGGUUUUAAUGAGCUGCACUUGGGGGCUGGAUAUGCGUCGUACACAGGACAAAUUAUUAUUGAGUCUUCUACGACGUUUUUUUCUUGGUUGUUAG